UAAGAAAACAAAGAAAAAUAAGCAAAAAAUUUCAGGUGAACAAAAUAAAAACAACAAAACGGGAAAAUAAACAAGAGAAAUAAGGAAGAAGUAAGAGACAAACAAGAGACAAACAGGAAACAGAGAGUGGGAAACAGGAGAGGUCAACACAAACAGGUGGAUGGAGGAGAACACUUGACCUGACCUCGCCUGACCUGACUGAUUGAGAGGUCAUCGAGAGGGAGAGGUGGUCAAGAUGAAGCACCCUCCUCCUCCUCCUCCUCUUCUCCUUCACUUUUUCUCUCCUCCUCCUUCUCCUCGUCCCUUCACCUGCCGUGGCCCUUCAUACAGAGCAAUGCGAGGCGGCGCUGGGCAUGCAGUCCGGCGGUAUCCCUGACGAGCACAUCUCCUCCUCCUCCUACUUCGAUGCCUCCGUCAACGCGAUAUACGGCAGACUAAUGACGGAGGCAGGAGGAGGCGCGUGGUGUCCUAGGGAUAUGGUGUACAAAGAAGGGAAGGAGUACCUGGAGGUGAACCUGGGGGCGCUGCACGUGGUGACGAAGGUGGAGGUGCAGGGGCGCUUCGGGAAUGGCCAGGGGAUGGAGUUCGCUCGUCAGUACAAGCUGCAGGUGUGGCGGCCGGGACUCACGCACUGGGUCACCUAUGUGGAUGGGCGUGGCGAGGAGCUUCUGGAGGGCAACACAAACACGUAUUUGGCUCAGACGUCACAGCUGAGUCCGCCGAUCAUCGCUACCAGGGUUCGCUUCCUCCCGUACAGUGACCAUCACCGCACUGUCUGCAUGCGUGUCGAGCUGUAUGGCUGCCAGUACUCAGACGGACUAGUAUCGUACAGUAUGCCUGACGGGGACCUGAGGGGCGGCGACACGGCCCUCUCAGACCUCACCUACGACGGGCUGAAGAGGGGCGGCUGGCUGACGGGAGGACUUGGCCAACUUACUGACGGGGAGACUGGACAUACUAACUUCAGGGUCGAUGCUUUGGGAAUGGGCCGAGGUUACGAGUGGGUUGGGUGGAAGAACACAAGUCGCCAGGGCCAGCCAGUGCCUCUCACCUUCCAGUUUGACUCCCUCAGGAAUUUCUCAGCCGUGCACGUGUAUGUCAACAACCUCUUCACUAAGGAGACGAUGAUGUUCUCCAAGGUUCGCAUCAGCUUCAGCGUGGGCGGCGAGUACUUCGCCAACACUGCCGUGGAGUACCGCCACGACGGGGACAGGAUCUUCGAGCACGCCCGCAACGUGACCAUCAGACUGCACGGCGCCGUGGGCCGCUACGUCAGGCUGGAGCUGUUCUUUGCCCUCAAGUGGCUCAUGGUGUCCGAGGUGUCCUUCGACUCGGUGCCCUGCCGCUGCAACCUGACGGAGGAGGAUGAGGCAGCUGUGGUGGCGGCAGAGGCCGGCACUACGGCGGAGACGGUGAGUGACGAGCGGUUGGUGGAAGGGCGCGCUCCCGUGGUGCCCGCUGAGCAGCAGUCUUCCGCCUUUCUGCUGGGUGGGCUCAUCAUACUGGCGCUGGUGUGCGGCAUGGUGCCGCUGGUGCUGGGCGUGGCCUACUACCACAGGAGGGCGGCCAGGAAGAGCGGCAAGAAGUCCCCGCCGCCCUCUGAGAGCGGCGAGGCGCGGAAGGUGUCCAUGAAGAUGAAGGACCUGCACAUCAACGUGAACCUUUCGCCAGUGUCCAACGGCUACGCCAAGGCCAAGGGCAGACUGUACGGCCACGUGGCGGUGGACGAGGAGGCCUCCGCCAUGUACCAGGAGCCCUUCAAGGCGCCUCCCAUGUACAACCCCGCCUACUACACUCUGGGCCACAGCGCCUCCUCUGACACGCCCCUCAAGUGUGCCCUGCCGGACACCGACGACUCCGUGGACUACGCCGUGCCGGACGUCAACAUGACACCGCCGCCGCCCUUCUCAGAGGUGUACACGCCGCCGCCGCCCGUGCCCCUCACCAAGCCUCCCGCCACGCUGCCCACCGCCCGCACCUUGCGCGAGGCCACCCUUACUGCCGCGCCUGUGCCUGCCCUGCCGCCGCCGCCAGACCAAGAGUACUACGCCGCGCCGCUUCUGUGCCAGCCCACCAACAUCCAGGGCACGGCGGGCACCGUGGCUUACGCCGUGACGGACGCCGCCGCGCUGGGCCCCGAGCCACCGCUACCCGAGGUGAGCAGAACGCAGCUGCGCGUUAUGGACACGCUGGGAGAGGGCGUGUUCGGCCUGGUGCAGUUGUGCGAGGCACGGGACUCCGCCCCCAGGAAGGUGGUGCUGAAGACGCUCAAGCUGGGGGCGGACGAGGAGACCAAGAAGACCUUCCGGCAGGAGACGCAGACGCUGGCCAGGCUGGACAACCCCAACGUGGCGCGUGUGGUGGCCGCCUCCCAUGCCGCGGAGCCGCCCUGCGCGCUGCUGGAGUACCCUGAGCAUGGCGAUCUCUGCCAGUUCCUGCAGCGACACAAAGUGGAGGAGGCGGGCGGCCCCACCACGUGCGUGGGUGUGCUGGACCCGCCCGCGCUGAGCUAUGGGGCGCUGGUGUACAUGGUGACGCAGGUGGCGUCGGGCAUGCAGUACCUGGAGGCGGCGGGCGUGGUGCACCGUGACUUGGCGGCGCGGAACUGCUUGGUGGGGCGCGGCCUGACCGUCAAGGUGUCAGACUUUGCCAUGAGCAGGCCGCUGUACUCCGCGGACUACUACCGCCUCAACGAGGGCCGCACGCUGCUGCCGGUGCGGUGGAUGGCGUGGGAGUCUGUGCUGCAGGGCCGCUUCUCCACUAGGAGUGAUGUGUGGGCCUUCGGCGUCACGCUGUGGGAGAUCCUGACCGUGGCCCGCCAGCAGCCCUUCGCAGAACUGAGUGACGAGGGCGUGCUGGAGAACGCCUCCCACUGCCUGCACGGGGACGGCGCCGGCAGGAUGACGCUGCCGCAGCCGCCGCUCUGCCCCAGGGAGAUCUACGACAUGAUGGUCGCCUGCUGGAGGCUCGCGGACAGGCAGCGGCCACCUUUCUGGGAGAUCGUCAUGUUCCUGCAGCGUAAGAAUCUCGGCUACACCUUCGACUACACCAACUAACUCACACACUCACGCUACUGGCGCGGCACGCUCACGCCCCUCAACACUCAAAGGACGCGCGCCUACUGAAGUGAAGCAGGAAUGAAGGUACCAAACAAGGUGCCAAGUGAUAUGUGACUAGUAACUCAACCCUGUGUACUUGCGGGACAGCGAGGCGGCGAGUGAGAGGAAAGGUGCACUGAGGCAGCGCGCCACACGAAACACUCAUGUACAGGUAGUGAACUAUACGCAUACGUAAUGAACCACGUGACAAAUUGAUGUAAAUAUACAGUAUAUAUAUACGAAAAAUAAUGAGACUGCGGAGGCAUAAUCAUUUAUAAAUAGUGAAGAUUUGAUAGCGAUCUUACAAAGAAUCAAAACCCUAUACGGGACGGGACAAUUAUUAUUAUUAUUAUUAUUAUUAUUAUUAUUAUCAUCAUCAUCAACAUGAGUCCCUGAAGUUCAACAAAGGAACAACGAAUCGAAGUAUCUUAGGGGAGAGAGAGAGAGAGAGAGAGAGAGAGAGAGAGAGAGAGAGAGAGAGAGAGAGAGAGCAAAAAUCAAAGUUAACAUAGACAAAUCAAACACAGCUAAGCAACUCACCUGUCCUCCCUUUACCUGUCGGAGGAGGAGGAGAAGGAGGAAGAAGAAAAAACACAGCAAUCCUCAACAUCAUAACUGUACAUACCUGUAAAAGAUAGAAAAAAACUAUUAUUAUUAUUAUUAUUAUUAUUAUUAUUAUUAUUAUUAUUGAAGAGGCACCUGAUCUCUGCGUUUCAUGGCAUUUAUAGUUUUCGAGUGUGUGUAACGAAAGAGUUUCACUAAUUAAUUCAAGAAAACACUAAUUUCCAUACACUCCUUAACUUACACCCAAGAUAAAAAAAAAAUACACUUAACUAAUACUUAUUUCUUGAUAUAUAUACACCCUUCAUAUAUACACAUACCCCUCCUCUCUCCCAUACCUCCCUCUAACACAUACCCCCCACUCCCCCUCUCUUCUCUUCCAUACCUCCCCCCCCUCCCUCAUUCCAAAACGGUCAAAACAGGGACUAGGUAGAAUUAACAAGAGAGUAUCAGGAAGGAAUAAGAUAGAAACCCCUUUGUAGCUUCCCGAUCCUCCUUUUGUGGUGUUCGAUCCCCCUUCAGUGCCGCUCAAAGGAGGAUCGAAGUAUAAAUAGAGACUUAGGUAGAUUCAUACACGCAUACAUGAGCUUAUAUACAAAAAAUGGUGUGUAGGGAGAGAUACAAAGGAAAGAAGCAAUGUUUAGCAAUGUAUGGAGGAGAAAUGAGUGGUGUAUAGAUACUGAUUAACUUUAUUUAUUUAUUUAUUUAUUUAUUGUGUUUAAGAAAGUUAUUAGUGAUUUUUUUUCUUCAUUUUAAUUUUUAAGAUGCGAGAAAAUGUUGAGUUUUUGUUUAUUCAUCUUUAUAUUUUAUUUUGUUUUUUGUUGUUAUUCUUUUUUGUUCAAAGUUCAUGGUUGUGUGAUGAUGCCCGUGCUAGUCUCUCUCUCUCUCUCUCUCUCUCUCUCUCUCUCUCUCUCUCUGUCAGCACGGGGCAUCACCAGACUCACGUCAUGUUUACUGAAUUGAAGGCCAAGUUGUAUAAAGUGUAAUAUAUAUAAUCAGAGUGUGCGUGUGUGCGUGUGUGCUCACCCACGCCUGGCCCGCCCACCCCUACACACACACACACACAGAGAGAGAGAGAGAGAGAGAGAGAGAGAGAGAGAGAGAGAGAGAGAGAGAGAGAGAGAGAGAGAGAGAGAGAGAGACAUACAUACUUACUUACAUACAUACAUAUAUACAUACAUACACACAUACAAACAGACAGACAGAGAGAGAGACAGACAGACAGGGGUGGACAGGCACACUCUAAUACCUUACAAUAAAAUGUUUUCCACGAAAACUUAUCGAUGUAUUUGUAAAUAAAAAGAUUUCUAAGGAUU